UAUUUGACGUCAUUCGUCUUUCAAAAUGGCCGCGCUGUAGGAAUUUCACGUUUUUUCCAAGAUUUUCGAAGACAGUCUUACAGAAAAAUAAAGUAGAAUGGGAAGCGGAAGUUCAAAAAAGUCGUCUGCUGCGAAAGCGGACGCUGAUGGUGAUGCAAAUAAAAAGAAGAAAAGCAUAAGACGGAAGUCGAAUGAUGGAAGUUAUGACGACAAUGUUACAAAUACACGACAACCACCAAAAGGAAUCCGGAAGCACGUGGCAUCAGACAGGCGGAAAUCAGACGAGGUGACCAGACAGCUUGUGGUGCUCGAAUCAGAGAAUCUAGCGCUGGCUGGUGACUGGGAAUUAGAGAAAGGCGUUGACAGUGAAAUAAAGCUAACUGAUGUUUCGUACCCGCCACCUCGUCCUAGCAAACCUAUUACAGACACCUCUGCUUUCAGCGCUGUAGAUUUCGAAGUUAUCAUGAAUAAUAUGAACGAUCCAAAACUAGCAGGUGGCAGUAUUGAAGACGUCGCUGCACGACUUACAGCCAACUAUAGCACAGAGAUUGUCAAGGUUCGAGCACUUACAACAUGGAUGAGCUGCCAGAAGAUUCGAACCCGGACGUACAGUAACGACGCCAAGCCUGGUACAGUAUUGGUUUAUAUGAAACAGAUAAAAGAAUUACAGGGAACAUUUGCUGGUUUACUAGCACUGUUAUGUAGGGCCAUAGACAUACCUUGUGUAAUCAUAAAAGGAAUAUACAAGUCACACUGCCAUCAAGUUGGAGAAGAUGACGUCAGCAAUUCUAAAUGCACAUGGAACGCCGUACACGUGGACGGAAGUUGGCAACUCGUGCAUCCAUAUCUAAUGUGUACCCCACUUUCCACACAGACGUGUAAAGAUAACUGGACACAAAUAGAGACCUCUGUCGUACAGCAGGAACAAAAACCCGGUGUCGUGUUAAAUACAUUCUUUUUCGCUCCGAAGCCUUCAGACUUUUUAUAUUUUUGUCUUCCCGAUGAUUCAAUGAGUAAUUGGCAAUUAACUGAGACGAAAACUCAUUACAAAGCCUUCCUAAAGUCACCCUUUCUUCGUCCGGCUUUCUUCUCUUCUAAAAUGCAACUUGUUAGUGAACACAAGUCAGUUUUGUUGUCAGAAGGUGGGAGGUGUAAUAUAAAGAUGCAGUGUCAACAAGAAAACGUGAAUGAUUUAGAGUUAAUGUAUGAGCUGUACUCAAAUGAUCCUGAUUUUGAGAAGAAAGAAGAAUGGGGAGAUUUAGUGGUGUGCGGCCGUAAUGAGGACACUUGGAAUAUACAGAUAAAGUUCCCGGUUGCUGGGACCUUUAAAGUAGCACUGUUUGCUAAAUUAGAAGACUGGUUCUUUUGGAUAGGCGAUUUUAAAAUUGUCUGCGGAGAAUCUCUCGUGGACUAUGUCGCAACACCAGCGGUGCCUAAAGAAAUUGGGUACGGUCCAUCAACCGGAAGUGAGGAGGCGGGUCUAUUGUCUCCAUCACAUGACGGCGGUAUUGUAUUCUAUAAACCAAACGAAGAACAUAUCAUUAAAUUUCUGACAAACGAGAAGGUAUUAUUAAGUCAUGAAAUAGAAAGCACAGGAAGUGAAAGCGAAGACUUGCAACAAUAUUGUAAGAUGAUGGUGCGGAAAAGUGAAAUUGACUUCAUCAUAAACCUGCCGUCGUCGGGAGAGUUUGCCCUGCGUAUUUAUAAA